AUGAAUCGGACGGCUUGGACGCGCACAACACCAGCAUCGUCCUUUCCCUCCGACCGGAUAAAGCCCAAUGCGACACAACAGCCAUCCGCAGGGGGGAAGAAGGGGAAGGGGAAAGGCACAGCUACUCCGCCGGCAGAACCGCCCAAAAGCCGACCAGUGCGGCAACUGGAGGCGCUCAUCGGUGAGCUGAAGGCAGCGAGUAAGACCCAGCCAAAGCCGGACCCGAAGGGCGGAUGCUUCUGUCAAGCUCGUGCCCAUGGACUAUCUCCUCAUACCGCGCUGUGUCGGACAUGCGGGCUCGUAUUGUGCACUGUAAACGCCCCCCAACACGCCUGCCCGUCAUGUGGAUCAUCUCUUCUCACCGAAACCCAACGAACGACACUUAUAACGCGCCUUGAGGCCGAGUUGGCCGACACGCUGGCCAAAGAGGAGAGAACACGGCUGCAAGCAGCAGAAGAGGCCAGACGCGCUGUUGGCGCCUUCCCUACUCUUUCCGGCGCACCGCCAGCACCAAUACCCUCGCAGCCUCCGCCCCAAACCCGCACCGUCCUCUCGCUCAACCCCAAAACCAAGCGCGUCACUGUGUCUGCAUUUACCAAGGUCCCCGUUGGAAGUACUGCCUCUACCCCCGGCUCCUCCGCGCCGUCUUCUCGGCCCGUGUCGCCCGAGCUCGACCCGCCGCGGGUGACUGCGCCACCACCGACCGUGGCGUUCGUGGCGGGGGCAAGAAUCGACCCCAGUCGGCCAUAUGCGGAUUUGAGCGGGAACGGCGCUGUCUAUAUCCCUCCGCCGGACUUUGGCGAUGAAGCUAACGCGAGUGUCGAAAGUGAUUCCGCGAAACUGUGCAACUUGGUGCUCAUCCAGGGAGAUCGCAUGGGACGCUACGUUUGGCGCAGAACUUGA